CCUCUAACCCAACGUCACAUCGAUUACACUCUCAAUAUAAUCACCUGCAACCGAACAAAACCUAUCGUUAUAACAACGCAGUUAAUUUUAAAACAUUCGGAAUACUUAACGUCUCGCCACCAACAUCGGAAACCACGAUUAUCCUUCCUGUUCAUCGACUACAGUGAUACUCGUAUGUUCCAUGGUGUAGAAACAAAUUUCACUGUUCACCGGAGUCGUACAGCAGUUGUUGUCGCCGGAUGUUUAGCUGACGAAAAGGAAGUCAAUGGACCAUUCAACGAAGCUGAAUAUAAAUUCGAAGGAGCACAAGGAGGACGACGAUGUGAGCGUGAUCGCAGUAAUAGGAAAAGAAAAUGACAGAUCCUCGAUGCACAGGCAAUCUGAGAAAUGGACGAAAGACCGGAUGCAGAACGAUCGACGAAUGAUCGAGCUCGGUAAUGAAUCGAAAAUGACGCUCCGAAAACGAUCGGAGUCAGAAGCGUUGUCCACGGAGAUCGGUGAGUCGCCAACCGAUUACAAAAGAAUCGAGAUCCUGCAGAAACUGCCUCCAGGAAUGAUUAUGUUUAAACAACAGAGAAAAUACAAGGAUGAUAGCGAUUAUGUGAAAGAUUCUACGGAAACCAGCAGCGGCGGAUCCACUUCCGGUGCGCCCGCGAAAGUUAGGCGGAUUCAUCGGACGACAAGAAGGGCACGUGGCACAAGGGAAAUUCGUAGGAAUCCGAUACGUGUAACGAAGAAGGAUCUAGAUAAAGGAUACCCAAGACAAAGACAACAAUUGAUUUCAAUGAAGAAGAAGGAAACAUUCUUCAAUUUAGGAUCUACUAAACAGGGAAAGUCUUCCACGAUGCCAUACAUGAAUACACGGUCGGUCACACGAAAGAUGUACAAUGUAGGAGCAACUUAUCAAGCACCUACAGCAAGGGAUGAACUGGAGUGGAAAGAAUGGCCGGUGCAUGGUAUGCAUGAGAGACCAGUCUUUCAUCCUCAGGUAGGCCUGGCUGCAGAAUACUUGGGCCGUUACUAUACCAGUUUCGAUGGUCUCUCUUACCAUGAGAUAGUCGAUCGUCCUGAAAUAGAAGUAGUGUCUGUAGAUCCUCACUGUGAUUCCUUACCUUCUUCUGGUGAAAAAAAGCGGAAAAGGAGGUCCAAGAUGACUCAGAGCUCUUCGAACCUAAGAAAUGCAAGGACAUCUGUUUCAUCUAAGAAACUCAAAUCUUUCGAGAGUUGUAUGCACGAGAGUUUUCACUGUGUUCUGGGUUAUUGCUCGCAGGUGAUGACUCCCAAUUAUAAAACCAAUGUCGAGGGGAAAAUAAACAAGUUAAACGAGAACAAGUCACCUAACAUUACAAAAGAAUCGAAUAAGCAAUCGUCAACGAGGAAUAUCGUGGAAUCUACUAGCAAGUAUAAAUCAACUGCCGGUAAUAAAGAAAAGUUACAGAAAAUGAUAGAUGGGAACAAAAUAUCAAACAAUUAUUCUGCGAUUAUGAUGUCCCAGAAUGCUAAGAACUUUAAUCAAAUGGCGAAAACGCGGCUGUUUCCAGCACAGAAGGUUUAUGUUGCUAAUUCUCAGAAGUCCGUUACCUUUAGCAAUCAUAGAACUCUUCAAAGUGGACAGAUGAAGGUGCAGGAUAUGAUGCGGUCUUCUAGUCACCCACUGGUUUUGGUCAACACUUUAGAAGGAAAAGAUACUCAGUUUUUAAGACCAUUGCCUAACAACAUGAACCUCAUACAAUUAGAAGAUAAUGAGUCUUUAUUCGAUAUACCUUCAGUGCUUAAUAAUGCAAUUCCCACCGAGGAUUUGUCAGAGAAUUCAAAGAUGGUCCUGAAACAGAUUCCUAUGAAACGUGGGAACAAACCUGAAUUCACUUUCAGAAAAUAUCUCCUCGAGAAUUCGCAGCAAAGCAGAGCUCUAAUACCAAAAGAAACGAAUGCUAGCGAAAACAAGUCGUCCCUUGAAACCUCUACCAAAGAAGUCAAUGCCAAAAAAGUGUCUGAUGGCAAUAAGGUUUGGUGCGCCAGCGACACUUCGGAGAUAGCAAAAAUCUUGUCCGAAUACAAUAAGAGUAGCACUAAGAAGCCAGCGAUCGAGAACCAGGGAUUCUACGCCAAUUUGAAGAACAUUCGGAUGAAGGACGUGUCGAAUAAAGAGGAGAACGUUAAACGAAAUGCUCAGGAGAGCUCCAUGAUGAGAAAUAUGAAUAUAAAAUUCCCGGAAGGAAAGUGGCGGCGAUUUCAUUUGACGGUAGAGAAACUGAAGGAUAUGAAGAAUAAUUCGAACGAAAGGAAGACCUUGUCAGGUGUUCCAAAUAAACAGACAUUAUUUAAGAUUGCACCAACAGCAGAUCCGCCAACAACAAAUAAACACAAUGACAACUUGAAGUACUUAGAACUGUCCCAAAAGUCAAGUACCAUCAAUCUGGAGAAGAAAGAAAAUAAAAAUAAUUCUAUGAAUAUUAUGAUGAAUACAACAACGAUAAAGACUCAGUCUUUGCAAGAGCUGUUAGAAAAUACAGCGAUGCUGUAUUGCGCUGCCACUGGAACCCACCAGGACGACUUAGCUAACUAUAUCGAUAGUUUAGACGCCGCUCAGAGCAUAAAGUGGCUAGAAACGUGCAAGAAUUUGACAAUCUGAGCAAUUGUUUAACUUAAUAGUAAACGGGUUGAGAGGAGUUUUAUGGAAUUACAGCCAAUGAAGUACGUUACUUCGUCAAAAUCCUUCACAAUCCAAUAGCUCUAUCCAUUGAAUUCAAAGGACCGUUUCGAAUUUUAUGCACAUUCAUUUUUAAUCGUCGUACUUCAGAUAAGUUGAAAAAAUACGCAUAAACCUAAAUCCAUUUCUUUAUUUAAUAGGAUGUCGGAGCAGAAUCAUAGUACAAAUAUAUUCAAUCAAUAAUUUAAGUUGUUAAAAACACGGGUAGUUAUAUAUGAAAAUAGAGUUAAUAUAUUGAUUUCGUUUUAUUAGACAUUUAAUUACCGUCUUUAUUUAAUGUAUUCGAACGUUGAACUUGUUUAAAUAAGACAUAGAAAUAAUAUUAUAAU